AUGUUACUGAGAAAACAACUUUCUUUCAGAUCAACCCUGUUCAGCAAAACAAAUAUGUUGACAGCAAACUUUUUCCUUUGGACUGUUCUGCUAUUUCACGUUAUUAUGAAAAUGGGGACUACAGGUGUGAUUAUAAACAGUGUAAAACUAAAAUAUAAUCCUGCAGAUGCUGGUGAUAUUAAAGAAGGAAGCAACAUUACCCUGACUUGUUCUGUGGAUAUCCUGACACCUUCUGGUCAAUCACCUCAGAUUUCAUACUUAUUCUAUAAGGGACAGACACGAGAUGUCCUGCUCAAAACUGUUACAAUUCAGGCACAAGAAUCUCAUUAUCUAAUCCAAUUGGUUCGACCCUCACAUUCCGGAUACUACAGCUGUGAAGUAGAAGCAGAAAGUCAAAGGGCGAAAAGUGUUUCCACAUUCAUAGCAGUUACAGGAAAUUUACAGACACCUGUACUCACCAUACAUCCAAUGGAGGUGGUUCUUGGAGAUUCAAUUGAGUUGUGCUGUACAUCUGAAGAAAUUCCUCCUCUUACAUUCAUAUUCUACACAUAUAAAAAUGGACUGAACCCAGUGCGUCUCUGUGAACAUUCAAGCAAAAACAGAACUGUGACACACCAACUGAGGGUGACAAUAGAUACAAAGAAAAACUAUAGUUGUACAAUCGAAGUGCCUGCAGCCAGGAGUGUCUCAAAGCACAGUGAAGUAGUACAGCUCUCAGUACAAAAUCCAUUUUCAGAUCCAGAAUUUGAAAUUGAACCAUCAAAUACACUAAUUGAAGGAGCUCACUUCACCAUUAAAUGCCGAGUUACACCUUUGCUUCCUCAUGUCAAACCUCAAUUAAUCAUUAUGAAGAACACAACUCUAAUACACAAAGAAUUUACAAACUCUACGGUAUAUUCUAAAACAGCAAAUGUAACUGAUACAGGAAAAUAUGGGUGCAUGGCGAAAUGGAAUAGUGUAUCUCAAAAUAUAAAAAGCCAAGUGACAGUAACAGUGACAUCUCAAGUUGCAGUACCAAUCCCGAUGGCUUGGAUUUUAGCUACUGCACUGUUCCUCAGUGUCAGCACCGUCUGCUCCAACUAAAGAAGCUCAGAGAAACCUUUGGUCGUUUUUAAUCAAUCAAUAGUUUUGAAAGGAUAAGAGAAUAACAUGCCAAUGAUGUGGAGAAUAUUUCAAGGAGCAGUGCCAAAUGGCAUUUCCUUACAUGUUUCCAUUGCUAUAAUUUGGAGGCCUUUUCCCUUUGCUGCGUGGGAAAUUAUCAGGGAAUGCAAUCAGUUAAAUUUGAUGGACCGCAACUUUCUGAAAAAAGGUCACAUCCAAAAGGACUAUAGUAAGGCAAUGGGAAAUCCAGCUUUUAUGAAAUAGUCACAGAAAUACUUUCUUUUGUUCAACUGCAGGUAAAAGCUACUUUGUAAUUAUCGAGAAAAUGUUGUUUUUAUAAUGUUUAAAUAAUCUUUUCUGAACAUUUUCAAGUUUGACAACUUCCUUCCAAUAGCACGGAGAUCAGAAUUGAACACUGGUCCAAAGUGGACUAACCAAUGUCCUGUACAACCGCAGCAUGACAUCUCAACUCCUAUACUCAGUGUACUGACCAAUGAAGGCAAGCAUGCCAAACGUCUUCUUCACCGCCCUGUCUACCUGCGACUCCACUUUCAAGGAGCUAUGUAGCUGCAUCCCUAGGUUCCUUUGUUCAGCAACACUCCCCAAGGCCCUAUCAUUAACUGCAUAAUUCUGCCCUUGUUUGCCUUAGCAAAAUGCAACACCUCACAUUUAUCUAAAUUAAACUCUAUCUGCCACUCCUUGGCUGAUUGGCCCAACUGAUCUACCGUUUACAAAUUACUAUGAUGUUUUUGAGAUAAUUUGAAAAACUGUGCUAUUACUUUGGACAAGCAUGUAACAAUGUUUGCCUCAGAAAUGUUAUAAAAAUAUUGCCACUUACAAUAUACUCUGUGGAAAAUGAUAUUUUUCAGGAGAAUGUAUAGUAGUGACCUGACAUGACAGGGAUAGCAAGGGACAAUAAACAGAUAAUUAAUUAAUUUUCAAAUCAUGAGUGCAAAAGUGGAAGUAGGAUUCCACAUAAUACAAAAUUGCUCCAGCAAACAUUUCCCCAACGUAGCCACGAUUCAAAGAUCCUAGCUGAGAAUUUAAUUCACAAUCUCAUCCAAAUUCAGGCUGGAUCACGGCUGAGACUGAGGGGCGGUUUUAAUGGUAAGGUCUGUUCCCAAUUACUGGCUCAAACUGGGAUUUCCCAUCAGAACAACUCCUUCUCUGCUCACUGGAAAUGAACAGAUAGAACAGGCCCUGGUUUACUCUACCACCUUCCCAUGUCCUACUGCUUCUUAGAGUUCACUACAUGUAGAAGGUCACAGAGGAUUAUGGGAAGUAAUCGCUUCACAGGAAAGGCCUUAGAAAGGCUUCAAUUCCCUCAAAGCUGGACCCAUAUCUUAUCUCCUGAAGGCUUUAGGUUUAGUCAGGAUUAUCCUUUCCUUUUGAAAUUUUAGAUUCCAGGUUCAGACUGGAGGCCUGUGACCAGCAGCGUUCUGCAGGACUUGGGGCUGGGUCCACUGUUGUUUGGAUGAGAAUUUAGGAGACAUGGUUGGUAAGUUUUCAGAUGACACCAAAAUCGGUGGUUUAGUCAACAGUGAAGAAGGUUACCUAAGAUUACAAAGGGAUCUUGAUCAAUUGGGCCAAUGGGCUGAGGAGUGGCAGAUACAGUUUAAUUUGAAUAAAUGUGAGGUAUUGCAUUUUGGUAAAAUGAACAAGGGCAGGAUUUAUACAGUUAGUGGUAGGGCCCUAGGUAAUGGUGUUGAACAAAGAGACCUAGGUGUUCUUUGAAAGCUGCAUCACAGUUGGACAGAGUAGUUAAGAAGGCAUUUACUGCACUUGCCUUCAUUGCGAAGACCAUUGAGUAUAGGAGUUGGGACAUUAUGUUAUGGUUGUACAGGAUUUGGUGAGGACACUUUUGGAGAGUGUGUGCAGUUCUGAUCGCUAUACUAAAGGAAGGAUAAUAUUAAAUAUGAGAGAGUACAGAAGGAUUUACCAGACUGUUGCCCUGGUGUUGUGAUUAGAAUGAAUUCAGCCAAGUAACCCUCGUAGAAUAGAGUUCUCUGACUGGGGCUAUUAAUCUGGCACAGUCCGGGAUUUUUGGAGAACUCAGAUAAAAAAAGUGCGAGGUGUUUUGUUCACGCUAGGAACCAGCUUGGAGCUAGCAGGGUCAGCGUCAUGUACUAUGCAUGUGUAAAUAAAGGGUGAGUUGGUAAUGGCAAACUUUUUCCAUAUAGGGACCAAAUAUGGAUUGUUCUCUCCCCACAACCUGAUAACUCCACCACUAUUUCUCUCACUUUGAUCCUAAGAGAGUGAUAAUUACUCCUUUAUAACAGGAACAGGAAUGUCUUGCUGCAGUGGUAAAGGAUCAAAAAGUGUGGAGCUGGAAAAGCUCAGCAGGUCAAGCAACAUCCGAGGAGCAAGAGAAUCAACGUUUCAGGCAUAAGGUCUUCAUCAGGAAUGUAAAGAACUUUGUUGAGACCACACCUGGAGUAUUGUGCACUGUUUUGUUUUCCUUAUCCAAGGAAGGAUGAUUUGCCUAUGGAGGGAAUGCAGCAAAGACUAAUUACCAGAUUAAUUCCUGACAUGGCAGGACUGAUGUAUGAAGAGAUACUUGAUCAGUUCACACUAUGUUCACUGAAGUUUAGGAGAAUGAAGGAUUAGUUCAUAGAAACCUACAAAAUUCUGGGCAGGACUAGACAGGUCUAGACAGGACUAGACACCCUAAGCAGGAAGGAUGCUGGAGCUGUCCCUGUAGUUGCGUGAGGGAGAGUCUUAUAAUCAACAGGAACCACAACAGUUUGGUAAUGAGUGAAGCUGUAGGCUGCUUCUUUAAGCCUGCCUUCAAAGCUUAGACCAUCGGACAAUGGAUUUUAUGGAUUGUCCUUACAUGCCGAAUGCCAAUCAACUUUAGGAAAUAUUCAGAUUUCCUGCUGGUGAAAGAUGGCCCAUUGUCUGUGACCAAUACCUCCAGGAGUGCAUUUAUUGCAAAAGAUGCUCGCAACUUUUCAAUCAUCAUCCCUGUAUUUGACAAAUGAAGUUGAAAAGUGUGGUGCUGGAAAAACACAGCAGGCCAGGCAGCAUCCGAGGAGCAGGAGAAUCGACGUUUCGGGCAUAAGCCCUUCUUCAGGAAUGACAAAUGAAGUCUAUGCACGUCUAACCACUUCGAAUGAGUGUCCACAAUUAUUAACAACAUAUAGCCCAUGAAAGGACUGGCAUAGUUGACGUGUAACUAAGUCCAGGGUUUAUCCGGCUAUUCCCACGAAUGUAGGAGACAAUUUUUGGCCCUCCUGGCACUCUGGGCACUGUCCCACCAAUGUAGCAGGUCAGCAACCAAUCCUAGCCAGUAGACAUAACUUGUUUCAAUGUUAAAGAAACAGCUCACAGCUUCGCUAGAUACCAAACUCUCCGGGCUCUUGUUUGAUUAUUGGAUCACUCCUCAUGCAAUGCAGGGACAGCUCCAGCAGAGCUGCUAAUGGGGAGAAGACUCUGCACAGGUUAAAUCUGAUCUUCCUGGACGUGUGAGGGGAAGUUAAAAUGGCAUCAGGAACGCCAAUGCCAGACACAAGAUUCCACUAGGUUUACUUCAGGAGAUAAAGUUUAGAGCCAAAAUGCUCCUGCACAGUAAGAGGCAUGGGUGAUAUGUGGUCAGGUCCUGCAACAUACAAAGUUUGGGGAAGUGAGAGGGUCCCAAACAAACAUGUGGACCACCUGAAAGCUGCAACCUUGUAAUCAGGACAGGAGCAAAACAUACUUGGCCUCUCCGAACAGCCAGAAAGGCUGUGGGAACCCAUGGGUUCUUGUAUUGAAGAAACCUCGGAGUCUGAGAUCGACACGGUGGAUGUUGCAGCCUUUACCGCCUGAAGAAGAGGAUGAAUUUCUUCCGAGACAUUCUGGGUGCAAGAGGUGAGCUACUGUCUGGUACACAGCGCCUGUAUCUGAGGCCAAGUUGGAAGAAAUGGAACCAAUGCAAAAAUGGCCCAGGAGAAGCUACAAGCAAAUGAAUGGGCCUAUACCCCAGGACUCAGAGGGGAUGGGAUGUAAAUAGGCCAGCCAAGUGGAUCUUAUAGAAUAUGAGCUCCCUGAUUGGUGCUGUUAAUCUAGUCCAAUCAGAGAGCCCUGGCUGACUGAUAAGAACAGGAGUGUUUUUGAUCACACAGCAUUGCCCUUUGUGAGGGGCACUGCUUGUCACAGGCCACUCGGGUGUUUUCCUAUUUUUCCUGGUGGUGGAAAUUGAAUAAAGAUUUGUGCACUUUGUGUCUCUCACUAAAAAAAAGAAGCAGGCAAUGACCUGUGGCCCUCUUGUGGUGCAGUGGUAGUAUCCCUACCUCUGGACCAAGUGGCUUAGGUUCAAGUCCCACCUGUUCCAGAGCUAUGUAAUAAUGUUUGAACAGGUUUAUUCAGGAAAUGAUCUUCAAAAGAAAAAAAUAAACAGAGCAUUUUGUGAAGAACACUGCUUGUCACUGGCUACCUGAGUGUUUUUCUAUCUUCCUGGUGGUGGAAAUUGAAUAAAGAUUUGUACACUUUG